GCGCGCGCUUCCCGGAACAGCCCGCGCUGUGGGAAGAGAGGAAGAAAAUAAACCCGCGGCUGAAGCUGGUGCCGCCGCCGCCGUGUGGGCUCCCCCGCGCGGAUGCUGCCCGCGGUGCCUGCGCAGGGCGCGGGGCGGUGAGGCGCGGGGCGCGGGUAGCUAUGGCGACGACGAGCGCGGCCAGCCGCGCCGCCUGACAGGUGUGGGCCCCGGCGGCGGCGGCGCGGAGCAUUAUGUACGCCAAAGGGGGCAAGAGCGCGGCCGUGCCCUCCGACAGUCAGGCCCGGGAGAAGUUGGCGCUGUAUGUGUAUGAGUACCUGCUGCACAUCGGUGCCCAGAAGUCAGCACAGACCUUUCUGUCUGAGAUCCGAUGGGAGAAGAACAUCACGCUGGGGGAGCCCCCAGGUUUCCUGCAUUCCUGGUGGUGCGUGUUCUGGGACUUGUACUGCGCAGCGCCUGACCGCAGAGAGGCAUGUGAGCACUCCAGUGAGGCCAAGGCCUUCCAGGACUACGCCAUUCGAGCAUCUCCAAGAAACGCCAGCACACCAGCCAGCACACCAGCCAGCACACCAGCCAGCACACCAGCCAGCACACCAGCCAGCACACCAGCCAGCACACCAGCCAGCACACCAGCCAGCACACCAGCCAGCACACCAGCCAGCACACCAGCCAGCACACCAGCCAGCACACCAGCCAGCACACCAGCCAGCACACCAGCCAGCACACCAGCCAGCACACCAGCCAGCACACCAGCCAGCACACCAGCUAGUUGUGGUGGCAAUGCUGGCUGGGUGCUUUUGGAGCGCUGCCGCUGCCCCCAGCCCUGUGAUGGGGAGCAUAGCCCCCAGCGAUGCAAUGGCAGCUGGCCCCAUGGCACCUGGCUUCUUCCAGGGCCCCCUGGGCUCCCAGCUGCCCCCCCACAACCCCAACACCCCCAUGAUGGGGCCUCACAUUCAGCCCUUCAUGUCACCCAGGUUCUCAGGGGGCCCCCGGCCCACCCUGCGGAUGCCGAGCCAGCCCCCUGUGGGCCUACCCGGCUCCCUCCCUGGUGCCAUGGACCCCUCCCCGCGUGUUCAGGGGCAUCCGAGCAUGGGCCCGAUGCAGAGGGUGACUCCUCCACGGGGCAUGGCCAGCGUUGGGCCCCAGAGCUAUGGAAGUGGCAUGCGGCCCCCACCCAACUCCCUCGCUGGCCCAGGCCUGCCCACAAUGAACAUGGGCCCCGGAGUGCGUGGCCCAUGGGCCAGCCCCAGUGGCAACUCGAUCCCCUAUUCUGCCUCCUCCCCUGGCAGCUACACGGGACCUCCAGGAGGUGGUGGGCCCCCUGGCACACCCAUCAUGCCCAGCCCCGGAGACUCCACCAACUCCAGCGAGAACAUGUACACCAUCAUGAACCCCAUGGGGCCAGGCGCUGGCAGGGCUAACUUCCCACUGGGCCCAGGCCCCGAGGGCCCUAUGGCAGCCAUGAGCACGCUGGAACCUCACCACGUGAACGGAUCUCUGGGCUCCGGCGACAUGGACGGGUUGCCGAAGAGCUCCCCUGGCGCCGUGGCCGGCCUGAGCACUGCCCCCGGCACCCCGCGGGAUGACGGCGAGAUGGCGGCCACCGGGACUUUCCUGCACCCAUUCCCGAGCGAAAGUGUAAGCGACUGCGUCGACUCCCCCCCUGCAGCGGCGUCGGGCCGGAGGGGCCUGGCGGGCAGGCCCCGGCGGGGCGGCCGGGGGGCCAGAGCAAGACCGUGACCGCGGCGGGCCAGUACUCGCCUGGGAUGACCAUGAGCGUGUGAUGGGGCAGCAGCCCCUUGCCCAGUGCUGGCCGCCUCCUCUGCCCAGAGCCCCUGCCAAGGGCCAGGGGCCAGGGUGGUCUGCAGGGGGAGGGUCUGAGGUCACACCUCGGGCAGCUGGACUCCUGGUCAAGGCUUGGAGGCCCCGCAUGAAGGACUCAUUUUAUUAAAAACAAAAACGCAAGGACCUCAGAGAUGCUCUUUUCUGUAUGGGCUCGACCCCCACCCUCACCUGUUUCUACUUUGUCCUGGGGGACUCCUCUGGACCUCCUUUCCCCUGGGCAGGAAGGGGUGAGCACCCAUCAAUAAAUGUAACUUGUUUUGGUUUUUGGUA